AUGGCCUCCGUCUAUCAAGGCGCCACUCUUCCGGAGGAAAUUCUGUCCUUAAUCUGUGAGGAGCUGGGAAACGAGAGAGAAUUUGGCUCGCUUUACACCUGCGCCCUGAGUUCCAAGUCUUUCGCCGACCCGGCCCUUCGGACCAUGUAUCAACAACACCAGCAUUCGCCCGCGUUCGAGCAGAGAGACGAUCUCGACGUUCGACAGCGGCCCACCGAUUUCGCCACCAAAGCCGCCGAACAGGCUCAGUUCUACCGCAAAUGGACCGUGUUAUGGCGCUCCAUUACCCUCUCGAGCGUCGACGAUCACGCUACGUACAAGCCCUACUGUCGCUAUAUCAAAACCCUGGAUUUCCGGAACCUGUCGCUGAUGCUGGAGGACCUGAAAUUCACCGGUCCUGUGCGAAAACAGUUCUUCGCCGGCAAACUCCAGCCCUUCUAUUUCUCCAAGACCGAAUACAAGAGGCAGGUGGUCGACAUUGCCGCCACGGUGAACGCCAUUGGAGACGCCGUGACCGCCAAGACGACGCUGCUGGAGGAGAUUGACGGCCCGAUCAGCCCCGGCUUCCUGACCAGGUGGAUAUCGCGCUCUCCCAAGCUGGAGACCAUGGUGCUGUGGAAGGGGGACGCUCUGGUCAACGGCGCCGGAGCCGCAAUAGCCGAGCAUUGCGACAAUUUCCACAGCUUGACUUUACACGAGUGGGAGUCUCCCGACGCGGACGAGGCGUUUGCCACGUUCCUGAACGAGCUCAAGCCCGACACGCUGAGUUACUUUGAGAUGAUCAGCAACAAUAAUCUGGGAAAGCAGUCCUUUCAGGCACUCGGCCGGCACAAGACACUGAAGCAACUGGAUCUGGGCAGUCUGGAUCAAGAGGCGGUGCGAAACCUGAACGCGCUGAAGGACUGCACCGAGAUUCAGACACUCAAGCUGGACGACAGAUACGGAAAUGUCCAGCUGGAACUUCGAAACGUCGACGUGUUCCUGGAAGUCGUUCAAUGGCUGGCCUCGUGUAAAAAUCUCUGCGACCUCAGCUUGAAGAGAUUCGUCGAUGGACCCGCUCUCCUCUCCCGAGUCUUGUGCUCGCCCACCGUGAGGCUGACCAGGUUAUCUCUGGAAGGCUAUACCGUCCGCCACACCAAUUCUCAGUUAUUCCACACGGCUUUGUCUGAGCAGAGAUCCCUCGAGUCGGUGUGGCUGAAGGGCAUUGGUGAAGAUACGGUGCCUGACAACCUACAAUUCAUGGUGGAGGGAUUGUGUAACUUGACCAACCUGCGAGAACUCGUCUUGAAAGAUGUCUCGGACGAGUUCUCGGAGGAGCACAUCAUUUCGCUCGCCGUGAGCCUGCCCCUUCUCGAGGACUUCUGGACCAGUGGUGGCGAAGUGUCGGCGGACAUCCUCCAACCCCUCGCAAACCUCAAAUACUUGAAGAACCUCACCUUGUAUGCCAUGACGCGGUUUACCCUGGGUGCUAUCAUGGAGUUCCUGAUGAGCCUCGACCCGGAGCGGCAGAGGGGCUUCAAUCUGUCGCUCAUGGCCGUCGAUCCCGACUAUGAUUUGACCGAGGAGAAUCAGGAGAUGAUCCGCGAGUACAUGCGGGCGAACCUCGACGGCAAAUUUGAUUUUGUCCUGUGGCGCGAGGCGGAUCCCAGCGACAGCGAGGAUGACUGA